UAUUUUGAAAUUGAACCAAUAAACCGUUUCAAAUAAAUUUGAAUCAAAAAAAAAAAAAAAAAAACUACCACACCAACAAACACUAUUUAAUACUCGGCCAUAUACUGAGAUUGCCAUCCACAUUGAAAUUGGUAUACCAACGUUUCGUUGAAAAACAAUAGCGAAUAAAAAUGAAGACAAUAUCAUCAUUGAUGAUGGUCAUUUUUUCAAUCAAUCUGAUCAUCAUGAUGAUUGAAUCGAAUCAAGCAAAAGUAAUGGACACAUUUCCAACAAGAAGACCUGAUCAUAAUGUAAGGGUAAUGGACACAUUUUCAGAAAAAAGAAAUCAUAGUGUACAAGAUGCAUCAUGUCAAGCCGAUAUUUGUUCUGGUGAAUGUAUAAAUGGUGGUAAAAAAGGGGGUAAAUGUACAACAUGUAAUUGUGAUACCUGUGAACAUUGGGACAGUGAAAAAUGUUAUUGUGAUCGAUUUGUAGCACCAUGGAGUAUCUAUCAUAAACCAGAUCCGGAUACAGAUCAUUAUAUUCCAACAACCGUAAAGAAUAUUCUAGAAACUGAACAUGAUAAUUUACAAGGUCCAAGACAAUCAUGCAUAGAAUGGAAAUGUAGUCAAGUUUGUCGUAAACAAGGAUAUAAAGGUGGUGCAUGUAAUAUUUGUCAUUGUGAAACAUGCACAAAUCUUGAACGUAGAUCAUGUCAAUGUUCAUGAGGAUUUUUUGAUUUUUUUUUUCUUGUUCACUAUUUUAACAAAUGAUCUGUGAACUAAUAAUCAAUAAAAUUGAAAAGGAAUCAAUUUUUUUUAAUGAAAAAAAAAUCGAUUCCAGUUCUAUUGA